AUGCAGUCAGCUCGAGAGCUCCGCCAGUGUCUGACCGACGCGAGGGAUCUACGGACGCUCAAGGGGCGGAAGGCGACUCUAGAGAAGUGUACGAUUUACCUGAAACGUCCGGUGCUGCAGAGUGUCCUAGAUUCAGCCGAGAAUACGGGCAGCAAUCUGGGCUGGGAUGAAGUCAUCGAUUUCGUCGAUGUUCUCAUCCGGCAGAUUCUGCAGAGGAAGACCAGUGCCAAAGACACCGCCGCUACUCGGGAGGAACGCGAGGCGGCGAUCAAUCUUCUCGACCUGCUCGUCGCUCUCAGCAUACGAAAGGCUGGUCGAAUCCGAGCUGAGGAAGUAAUCCGAUUGAUCACCCCAAUCCUCCACGAUAAAGAAAAUCGACCCCUUGUGGGCCGACAGCUUCUGAGAAUCCUCAAACAGCUACUACGCGCUCCGCAUCAUCGUGCGAAUAUCUCUUCCGAGAUGUACAACGGUCUUAUCAAACUCCACACUGCAUUCAUAAACCAAAUUGCAGUUUUCAAUCCUGGAGAGGUUGCUGAGAUGCUGCAUGCCGUCAUCAAAGCUGCGAUCAAUUUCGCUGAAAUCGACAUAUCGAAAUGCUCGAGGUUCCUGGAGAGCAUCAUCGCCAAGCUCAUGGCUGCGCGAGAGUUGGCAUCAACGGUACUCAUGGUCCAUGUUCUCGGCAUCUGGCGGCUACUCUUCGAAAACUACGGAGAAGAGUAUCCGAAAACGUUUGCGAAGCUGGCGAAUACGUUCCUGCUUCCCACAGCCCGAGCCUGCCAUGAUAAUAAAGACAAUCAAUUGGAAAUCAUGCUAUUCCUCAUAGCUGGUCAAAUCCAUUUGGUUGAAGAUAAGUCAACGGCCUGCUUCAUCCUAGAGUGGAUAGUAGACAUCACGGAGAAAGCACUCCGAGGUGCCCGGCUGAAGCAGACGUCAUCGCUCUUCCAUGGCAUGGCUUCGGCGUGGACCAGUUGCGCGAAACACCUGAUGACCUCCGAGGACAGGUGCCUCGUGGAUCGACCAUCGGAUUCUCUGCUCUCGUCGGGUGAAUCCACGAGCUCUUCGACGUCAGCCCCGAAGAGGAUUAGACUCUCCGCUCAUGAGAUGGGGAUCCUUCCGGCGUUCGAGAGCUACCAGGCUUCCAAAGACUCGGAUGCCGCUGUUUUCUGGUUGAGCGUCGUGAAGAAGUACCUGGACGAGUGUCCAGCAACGGUCACGUCCUCGACCUGCUGGAAGCUCCUCGAAGAAGUCUGCUCCGAUGUAUUCCAAAGGGCGCCAGAGGUCCGACCGCAUCUGCUCAUGGUCAUGGAUUCCCUUCUGUUCUUCAAUCGUAUCGCCGAAGUUCCUCGGCACGUUGUGGAUAUUCUUGUGCGAUCACUCGACUCUAAUCAGUGUGUAGAACGUGUCUAUCCGAUAAUAGGACGUUUCGUGACGAACGAUACAAAAAUGGGCUCCCUGACGACGAAUCUCUUCAAGCUCCACCAUGAGAAGAACUCUGGAGGCUUGUUGGUUCUCAAAGAGCUCUGCGCGAACGACCUGAUAACCUCAGAACGCAAUCGAUUCCUCGAGUGGGUUUUCGAUAUCCAAACCGAUCACUUGUCGCUCAAAGCCAACGUCAUCGUCGCAUUGAGUCUCAAGCGGACGUCCUGUGCUUUCGAGGGACGGCAACUAAACGUCGAGUGUUUACCGAGUGUCGUUGAUCUCGUUUGUCAGAGACUCAACAACAUAAACUCAACGGAACGUCAAUAUGUAUAUGUUUCAAUGCUGUAUAUUCUGAAACUCCUCCACGUGAGGAAUCCUCCUGUGAUGCUGGAGCCCUUCAUGGUCGGGACUCACGAGCAUUUCCUAGCGGCUACGCGCUCCGGUAGUAAAGUUCCUGACGAAGAGCUCUCUUGUGCCUUAGAGAUUCUUAGGGAUUGCCAUGGUCAACCGACGAAGCGGCUUCUCAGAUUUAAUUUCGAUCCUCUCAUGGAGCUCGUCUCCACUGAGCUGAAGUCCGAGUUCCUGAGAGAAGGCGUGCUGGAUGUUACCCUCGACGGGGAUGAGGGUGCCAACGCAGAUGUCGAUGAACUGCAGCAGGAUCACCGCCUAGAACGCGCAUCGAAAUUAUGCUCGUUUUUCUCGCUGCACUUUCUGCUGACAAACGAGUCUUUGGAUGAGAAUCUCCGAGAUGAAGCAGGGGAUCGAAUGCUCCGAUUCCUCAAAACCCUCAGGAGUUUCAAGGAGGAAACCCUGAAGACCGCUCUUCUGACCGCCAUUAUAGCUCAGCUUGUCAACCCCCUGCUGCAAGAUCAGAGUAUCUGUGACAGCGGUGAGGACUCGAUGCUGGCGCUGAUCGGUCAGAUGUUACUCACCCAGCUGGAGUUAGUUUACAAUAAGCCCAGUCUCGUAGAAAUGAUAUUGAAGCCCAUCGAAGACUUCAUGCGUUGCGCCGCGAAAAUUCCUCCACAACAACGGACGGAAGAAACCGCAAUUGCGAGGAGACUCCUACGUCGCUUAGUGUGCGGCUCCAGGGACUUCCAGGGCAGCAAUGUCGCGCUCGGUAGAGCCGUUGUCCGAAUUCUCGCCGCGACCGCGGACCUCGAUCCUGAAAAAGCGUGGUUGUACCAUGAACCGACUGGGAAGAACAAGAAGACUGGCUGCGUAGAACUGCUGAUCGAGUAUACGGGUAGUCAGGAAUUCAAAGUUCGCAAAGAAGCCUUCAAAGAAGUCGCUCUAAUACUCGGAGGCGAUAAGUACACCUUGGUCCAGAAGCGUAGACUGCUCGACCUCUUGUUCGACUCCUGUGGUGUUCUCCUGUCGGAGAUCAGAAAAAGGAGCGCCGCCACCAGAGUCGGGACUUCCAACGCGGAUUCGGGAGGAUGCUUCCUCGAGAAAGAAGAAGCUGGUUUGAGAAUUUUCGCGGAGACGGUGAAAGGAAUUCUGGAGGGGAAACCGACAUUGAAGGGUCUCACUCUAGCGAACAGCCUUCGACUCUGGAAGGCAGGUUGUUUCAACUCGAAUCAACUUCUGGAUUUGCUCAAAUCUCUCGGAGAGAUCACUGACUUCUUCAAGAAUCACCUACGAGAGACGCUCGAGUUGUGGUACAGGAGAUUCCUGCUCAAGAUUGACCUGAACGAUGCACAAAGUAUGCCUUUCGAGUUGUUCGGGGGUUUCGAGCACUUCAUGAGUUUAUUCGGUCACAUCGUCACGCCAAGUCUACUUGUGCUGGGAAACCAGGAUGUGACUCAUCAUAUCAGAGAGUACUUCGGGGGAAAACUGUCCGAAUACUUCACUCCGAUCGCCGUUAGCUGUUUUCUGCUGCAGGGGAAGUAUCUCGAGUUCUUUGUGGACGUCACGAAAGGCUUGGAUGUUCCGAAGCUGCUGAACGAAUACUUGGUCCCCAUAUAUACUGAGAUCCUGCUCUAUUGCCAAAGUCGGAGUAUCGAUGAAGACGCGCUUGCUUUUCCUGAGGAAGCGAUUUUGAAAGCUCUGAAGUCACUCACGGAUAUCACGCACAAAGGGAAAGUCUGCCAACCCUGGGAAUUAUUCAACGACAACAAAAUCUGCAAAUCUCUACCGACGAAAAUCGUCGCGAGCGUUUUCGCGCGCCUAGCAGAGGAAGAUGAUCCGGAGAAGGUCGUCGGCAUAAUCAGAUUACUGGCUGAUAACCUCGUUGGGCCGCUGGCCGAAUCUGAUCUCAGCGUCACCUAUUGCACCACUGCUCUGACAAUGCUCCUCCAAACAACCGCGACUCUCUUGCUAGACAACCCCGAGAACCAAUACAUCUCUACAACGUGUGUGCCAAUCCUGGAACGCUUCCUGAAAAUGGAUAUCGAUCUCACUUUCCUCGUUGCCCCAAUAUUGGCGAUCAUGAGCCGAGUCGAAGCUGAGGGUCUGGCGCGAGAAUUCUCUCAGAAAUUCGGCGCGCUCGGAGCAAUUGUUGCUCCAAGAUCCAACGAGGUGGACGAAUCUCUAAGCUCGGAUCAAAUAUUAACGCUCCUGCAGAGCGUUCAUUUCUAUCUCAUGUGGGACCGAUCCGCGCAUCCGGUUCGGCUCUUAAGACGAAUACUCGCCCACCCCUACAUUAAAGAGGUGCUGACGACAUUCCCUGAGGACGAAGGACUGAAGAUGCACGCUGAGGAUAUAUCGAUCGAUAAUCACCCCGGUUAUGUGAUUCUAUCGACCCUUCUGAGCAGGAUCAGAGCUCCUACCAAUGAGGAGACGGCUGAGGUCUUCCCGUGCUUGGAAACGCUCGGAAGCACACCAUUUCGUUCGUGGACAUUGAGGCCGUUCCUCGAUGAAUUCAGUGACAGGAAUCUAAUUUAUCUGAAUGAAUCCUGUCGAGGCAUCGUCGUCUCAUUCGCCGAGCAGGGAAUCAUGGAGCGUUUGCUGACUUCACUGUUUGCGGGGUCGAAAUUCCCGAACGUGGUCGUGGAGUGCCUUCAGAAUAUUUUCCACACAGAUCUGGGCUGUGAGAUCGCUUCUUCAAUGGACUCUGAGCGAAGCUUAUUCCACGACCAUCUCCUGGCUUUCGUGUCUCGCUCGCAGAAGAAGCUCCCGCAACUUUGUAAUGAGUCACAAGAAUCGAUGCCGGACCUGACGGUGAUCGGUAGACACGUCGGGAAGCCCAAAUGGAUCCAACGAGUCACUAUUCUUCUCGGGAAGCUCUCCAUGGACCCAUACCUGAAAGCUAUUCUGCCCAUCUGCAGUCUCGACGAAGGUUUCUGCGGAGAUAUUUUCCCGCUCUUCCUGUACUGCUUGAGCAGCAAGAAGAACGCGAACCUGAAAAUUCGAGAAGUACUCGAAGGUGCUUUCUCCCUGAUCAGUAAGACUUCGGAAGUCAACAGCGACGAGAGGAGGGACUUGACCAAGCUUGUGAAAUACGUAUGUCUCCUGCACUUCCAUGAGGAGGAUAUCGACAACCUGGACCUUCUAGUUGUCGCUAGAGCUGCGUCUUUGUGUAACCUUCCGGAUGCAGCUCUCUUGCUCAUAAGUCUGUGGUGGGAUCGUUUGAACGUCGAAGAGGGAUGGUCCGAUCCGAUUUCUUUCCAAGAGUACAACGGUCCGGCAAAUCUACAGCUGGUUCAGGAGAUCUUGGUCACAUCCUGUCGCGAGCUCGGGGUUCGUGACAGUCUCCUGGGUUGUUUCUCUAUUCGAGCCAACGAUGAUAUCGUCCGUCGAGCACUCGGGGAGCCUUUCAAUCAUUUGGAGUUACUGUUUCAACGAGGCGAGUUCGAUGCCUUGAAGAACAUCGUCCAAAGCCAACAAUCUCCUUCGAUGACAGCAGAGGAGCUCGAAAAGUACUCGUUGGACUGCGCGUUCCGUCUCGGUCAAUGGGACCAAAUGUCGGGAAAAUCCACGAACUUUCGGAAGCUCACGAUGGUGGCCCUAGACAGCGUGACGAGCUUCGACUCGAUGCUAGCCAAAGAUGCCACGGUCGCGAUGACGAAGAGUCUUCUCUCGAUGGCUUCAGUCAGUAAUCUGACCGUAUCCUUCGCGGCCUCGACAUUCCUCACGCAAGUGGAUCAACUGAGACUGGUGGAAGAAUUCCGAAUUUUGAAGACUUCUUCGAAGGUGCCCUCGACGUCUAGCGAAUGGCGGAAAUUCGUGGAGAGGUCUACUGGUCGACUUCGCUGUGGGAGGCCGCUAGAGAUCAUCGAGGAAUACCAUUGGAUCAUGACCCUCAUCUUCAAGACAAUACCCCAAGUAAAUGUAGCGGACUUCAUGCUCAAUUACGGAAUUCAAGCGGUCCAGAUGUCCAGCUUCAAUUUGGCCAGAGCUGCUCUCCUCCAAUUAUCGUCUCUAAGGAAUGCGAAGGAACACUACGCCUAUCUGGAAGCAGCGGUUCAAGCACAAAUGGACGUAGGGAACGUCAUGACAGAACAGCUAAGUGGAAGACUCGUGAAUUUUUUCGAAGAAUCGAGAGAGUCCAAGACGCUGCACGCUCGAGCGCUCCUCCUCCGCGGAAGGAUACUCUCGGAAACCAAGAAAGCAACGCCUCUCCAAAUAGCCGACACUUACUUCAAACCGGCUGUUGAGAUCCUGCAAACUCAUGGAGACGAUUUGCGCGAGGAGCGCAUCAAGGCCUACCGAGAGCUCGCGAGUUUCGCGGACGAGUGCUCCCAAGGGCUUGCGGCGUAUUUCAAUUCUGCGGCUUUCAACGAAGACACGCAAUAUCUGGCCAAAGAAAACAACAUCAGAGAGGGUGCGGCCCAGCUGGAGGACCAGGACAUGCGGAAUACAAAAAUGAUGCUGCGCGACAUCGAUCAUCUCAAGGGACAGAUACAGGACAAGAAGGACAACUUGGCCAGUUUUACGUUAAGCGCUCUUCAGAACUACAUCCAAAUCCUUCGUCUGGCGGACGAUCAGAAUACGAAAUACCGUGUCUUCUCGCUGUGGUACUCACACAAAGACGAUCCCGACAUUUCAAAAAUCCUUCAAAAAACCAUGAACGAACUAGCCUCCGAAAAAGGCACUCUCCCCGUCCACGGCUUCACAGACAUGUUCUACCAACUCGCCGCCUGUAUGGCGCAAAGGUCAAGCAAAAGGCCCGAUGACGAGUUCCAAAGACAGCUCCAACAACUGGUGAUUCGACUUUGUCGUACACAUCCGUUCCAUUGUGUCCCCACUCUACUGCUAUUGGCCAACCCUCGCUUGGGCCGUCCGGUUGGCAACAAGGUCGAACUGAAGACCAGAGUUGAAGACCUAGAGGAACGCGGGAAAGCAGCGAGAAAAAUUCUUGAUCAUUUGAGUACGCUGCCGAAAAUGAAGUCAUACAUCACUUGUUUGGGAGUCCUCGCGGCAGCGUAUGCUGAAUUAUCCGCGGAUUCAUCAGUCGCUCAAGGCAGGGGAACGAUACAGUCUCAGACGUCGCUGAUUUCCAAAACGAAGUAUUUCCAGGAUCUACCGAUCCUGACCGAAGAUUUAGCCGUCAGGCCCGAUGGGAAUUACGAUGGCGUAGAAACCAUCAAGGACUUCAUCAGACAGUACGAAAUCUGUGCUGGCCUUUCCCGACCGAAAAAACUUCAGGUGCGAGGAAGCAAAGGCGGAUCUUUCUCCCAGCUGCUCAAGGGCAAAGACGAUCUGAGACAGGACGCCGUCAUGCAGCAACUUUUCAAAGAGGUCUCGAAGUUGCGCUCCGAUGACAAUCGAUUCCGAGUGCGGAUGAGAACUUAUAAAGUAAUCCCAUUGUCUCGUUUCGUGGGAGUAAUCGAGUGGGUGAAGAACACGGUUCCACUUGCGAGCGCCUUGAGCGACUGCAGAGAACGAAGGAAAAAUCCCUCCAAGAAACAGCAGCGUUCCCUCAAGCUGAAACAGGCUCACGAGAUUAUGAUGUCGAUCGGGAAACUGUCGACUGCCGAAGCCAAGCGGACCAAAUACCUCCAACUCUGUAAACAAUUCCCGCCUGCCUUCAGAUACUUUUUCAUCGAGAAAUUCCGGGACCCUUCCGCAUGGCUCGAGCGCCAACGAGCGUAUGUGAAUAGUCUCGCCAUCACGUCGAUGGUUGGCUUCAUAAUCGGUUUAGGUGAUCGUCACACGAACAACAUCUUGAUCGACCACUCAACUAGUGAGGUGGUUCACAUCGAUCUGGGCAUCAUCUUCGAGCAGGGAAAACUGCUCUACACACCGGAACUGGUUCCGUUCCGAUUAACUCGCGAUUUGGUUGAUGGCUGCGGAAUCUUCGGCAUAGAAGGUCAAUUCAGACGGACUUGCGAACGCACCCUUGAGAUUCUGCGACUGAACGCGCAACUCAUGCUCACAAUAGUCGAAGUGAUUCUGCUGCACGAUCCUCUCGCCUUGUUCUCGGGGAAGGCAAAGGGAGGAAAGGACAAUCCGUUGAAGGCAGAGCAAACCCUGUCCAACGAACAAUUCCGAGAUCGGGUCCUACAGCGACUGCAGGACAAGCUGAAGGGUAUAGAGGAAGGACAUCUGCUCAGCGUUCAGGGUCAAGCCAGCAUAACCAUUCAACAAGCCAUGGAUCCCUUGCGACUAGCACAGAUAUUCCAUGGAUGGAAGCCGUACCUAUGAACCCAAUAGUUAACGGUGCGAGCCUCAGACCGUCUGAAUCUGCGCCUCACGCUCCAGUCUGAGCAUCGACCGUUCGUCCGUCAGAACUCCAUCUUCCACGACACAUUCCUUGAAAUAAGGGGAUAGUUCCGUUCUCAGCAAGCUGUACAUUCAGGGGUGCCAUCCCGGAGCCCUAGUUUUUUAAUCCAACAUACAUGGUUCAUCGGCGUUCACGCUAUCCAUUUGUUUUGAAAUCAUCAUGUAAAUAAAUAAG